CCUCAAGCUUGUGCAUCAGUUGUUUAUCUUCUCCCGUGAAAUAUCUUGCAUCAGGACCAACUGCUCAACAGCCUAAAUGAAGUAGGGAGUGGGUUUGUGCGCAUAUCCACAGAACAUCCAGCAGACACCGAAAACUCCAACUAUAAUGAUAGAAGCAGCAGAAAUGGACGAUAUCAUUGCCGGAAUUAAGAAUGCAACCUUGGAAAGGUGUCCUGAACGGGCGCUGCCCCUUCUGAAAAAAAUUUCAGACGCUGAGACGAAUCUUUGUGAUAAGUAUGACAUCAAAAACGAUCUUCUGGAACUGCUACGGGUCGAGGACAGCAAGGUGCACAUUCAGGUCGCCCGGUGUAUUGCAGAAGUGGCCAAAACAGACAAUCAGCGUGCAAAGUUCUCCCACCAAGACGUAAUUCGACGGCUGACGGAUUUGCUGUGCGUUCCAAGCUCCAAGGAAAACUCGGCAGACGUUGUCGCUCUUGAGUUAUGCACCCAGCUUGCCCGAGCUUUGGGGAACAUUUGCUAUGCGAAUGACGAUGCGCGUAACAUCAUAAAAGAGCUCGGUGCCGACGAGCGUAUUUUCGCACUGCUCGAUUACGAUAUAGACACGGACGACGAAGACCGAGAGCAGUUUGUGCGUGUUCGCUGUGGUCUGAUUUCGAAUUACCUCCUGGGCAGCGACGACCUGGCAGAGCGGGCAAUCGAAUUGAAAGUGAUCGACAAGCUGGAGUGCAUCCUGACCCGAUGCUUGGUCGAUGUGGACAAGCACGAGGAACUGUUGCUCAGCCUGUUGCCACCGUUGAGCAUACUCACCGAGCAGAUUAGUGAUUUGUGCUUUCCAGUCUCUCUCAAUCGCACCAUCGCGAAACUGUUGGCCAAGUGUACCAACCCGGACAUUGCCGAAUCCUGUUUGGCCCUCCUGCACUACGAGGCGCAAAAUGACGAUGUGAAGUUGCUGCUUGCGGAGGAAGGAUUGUGUGAAACGAUCUAUCAGCUGUUGGAAAAGUACAAAACGUUCGCCAAUACCGACGAAGCUCGCGUGCUGAUGAAGCUGGCUUGUGAUUUGGUAGUGCUCAUAUUGACCGGAGACAAAUCGAUGCAUUUCCUCUACACGACGCCAUUGUUGAAGUACAUGGAAGAUUGGCUUGACUCGUACGACGUGGAAUUACUUACGACCGGUGUACUCGCCCUCGGCAAUUUUGCCCGAUCUGACAGCCACUGUAUCAAUAUGGUCGAAAAUAGGAUCAUGCACAAACUCUUGUCUAUAUUGGCUAAGAACAAUGGCACCGAGCAUCAGAUGACUCUACAGCAUGCACUGUUGAGUACGUUGAAAAAUUUGGUCAUCCCAAAGCCAAACAAGGCAGCCGUCAUAGAAGCGGGACUCGUGGACGUCAUCUUGCCAAUGCUCGAAAUACAUCAGGCGCCAGUUGUGUUUAAGCUGCUUGGAACAUUGCGGAUGACUGUCGAUGGACAAGAAAAACUGGCUUCAGAAUUGCUACAAAAUGAAAAACUAGUCAAGCAACUGGUCUACUGGAGUCAAACUUCCGAGUUUACGGGUGUAUUAGGUGAAUCGUUGCGACUUAUGGCGUGGCUGAUCAAGCACGCGUACCGACGGAAAGACAACGAAACAGUGAUGGACGUUACGGGAUUGCGAAAAUUCGUUGCGAUUGAUGGAGCCGUCGCUAGCAUGGUCGGUAUGCUGGCGUCAACACAUCUAGUAAUGCAGAACGAGGCCCUGAUUGCGCUCAGCAUUCUGACCACAGUUUUUCACAACCAAAGUUCCACAAACGAAGGUACCGAUUUGGAUCAACUGCUAAUAGAAGCCGGUGUAGGCGGAAAAUUGGCUGAACAAAUUACGUUGAAUGGUGAGUCGAUGACGAAAGAAAUUGUGGAAAAUAUGCAAACCUUCGUGAAGCAACUGCACGGAUCAAGCGAAGCAAUGAUUGUCCAUUUACGCGAAAAAAACAUCGACGAGCUGCUAAAAACCAUUCCCAGUCUGGUGGAAUACUGCACACUAUGAAGCAAUGGAAGAUAGGAACACGGCGAAGAAAUAACGGCGAGCAAACUUUCCUGUCCACGAACACUUUUAAACAAUGUCUUUGGUUGGUUGUGACCUUGUAAAAACUUUUAGCGUUCUAUUCAGGGUAUCAAGUCAAAGUAUUUCGAUUCGUUCACGUCUAUGGCUGGAGGAAUGUGUUUGAGCAAUACAUUUUUUCAAAUUCAAAAUUGUCUGAUGCAAAAAAGAACGUUACUGAGAUGUCAUUUUGUGAGUCAAAUCAACAGUUUAAAUGCAACCCUUUGUAAUCUAAAAAUUAUACGGCUGGUCUAGGACGAACUUGUUUUAAGAGACAGAACAUCAAUUCUGUAUAGUCUUAAUAUUAUUUAGCUUUUGAAUGUGCUGCAAUUCUACAAUAGGCAUUGGCUACGCUUAAAAAGUAUAGAAUUAGUAUGUUGAUUCAACUUCACGUUUCUGUCUUCAAGAACUGAUAUGUAGCCAGCAUAUUGCGUCAGGCCAUUUAGCGUAAUAAAACCCGUUACGACCGACAUGAAAAGUCCGUCAUUCAGGCUAAAUAUAAAAUGUAUAAACCCAAGCAAAUGCAAAUUUAUGCAAGCAAUGCUAGCUUUAACUUACACGAAACCAGCACGAAACUAACCUGACAGUAUACAUCCACAGUCGGGGUUGAUUUGUAUGCAUUGUAAAUGAUUAUAAUGAUUAUAAUGAAUAAUGUACGAUGCUUAUGGCUUGACAUUAAAAUUUGGGAGUGUACGACAUAGCGCCACCAAAAACAUAUGGCAAACAACAGCUCGCGGUCGUAAUGGACUUUUUUUUAGUAUGUUGAAGAACGAUGAGAUACUAAAAAUGGAAUAUCAAUUUUAUCCUCAAUGAUCCGCAAUAAUUUAGAAGAUAUAGACAGCAACACGAGUUUGAAUAGCUUUGAAGUUAAGCGUACGUGUUUUACAAGAUUUUUUUUUAAUCGAAUACCCGUAGAAUUUACCAUAGGUUAUCAGUCUGGCUCACACGAAACUCGUGAGGAUGCUAAGGUAAACAGUUGCAUUUAAUCCCAACAAACAAAAUAAUGAUAGCGCGAGCAUGAUAGCUGUUAGAAAACCAACAAUCAAUUCGUGCGCAUUUAUUUACUUAAACAAAACGAUAACGAUAUCCAACAUAUAUGGCAUAGUACCAAGUAGGUUUUAUUGAUGACCCAGUGAACGCCUGAUGCCAACGAGUAGCUAUAAAGUAUUAACACCCAUCCCGUUUUCUUCACUUGAAGGAACAAUGAAAGUAAUUGUUGAAGCAUUGCGUCUACCUUUUCCAUCUUCCUUCAAAAACGGCAAACAUAACGGAUUAGACGCUGUUAUAUUUUCUACAAAUCUUACUUUUUCCUAGUAAGUCGUCUGGACAUAGAGUCACAAAAUCUUGUAAUUGCAAAAUAAACUUUGUAUUAGCCUCGUUAAAGCUAGAAAGAGAUAUUAGCGUCUACAUAGUAUCUUUCAUAUGAACUUAGCACCAGUAUUUCACGGCGAAUUUAUGCAAUGCCAUAACAUCUAACACGAUGGCGAUAAUUACCAGAAAAAUUGGCAAGGCAGUCGUACACAAGAGAUUUCAAGGUAUGUUUGCUAUUCACAUUUAAUUUAGAUCUUUGAUACAAAACGUUGUUGUAAACAAUUGAACAAUUAAUAAAUUAAAUAACGAAGAAAAUGAAAAAUCUAAGCAAUGUUUUCAAAGAAAUGUACGAUCAAAUCUACCAUAUUGCACUGAAUAACAAUAACAGUAAAGUUACACUUAUCGAUAGGAAAAUUGCGCGGAAUCUGCAACAUGCCAUUGGUUCACGACUCACGAUUUAUCCUUAUCUAUUACAGUAAAACACAAUUGGUGUUGUGUUUUGCCAUACCUGACGAGUAAUAAAGGGCGUGAUUUACACGGCGCUAGCCAACUGGCGGACAAACGAUGGAUAAGGAUAAGAAACUGUUAAAGGGAGAGACUUUUCCUUCAUGCUGUUGCGCUGCUUGGAAUAAAUCUAAACAACCACCCAAAGGAACAAACUCUCCAUGCAAACCCCAGUAACGUGAAUACUGGACAGGACUUGCUAAAAAGUUAUCGGUGCUCCACACCAAGUGAUUUAAAACAAUGGGCAAUACAAUGUUAAUAAUCAAAAACAAUCGCCAAUCAUGUUGGCGUUUCGAUAUAGGCAUUUCGCAAAGGCAGAAAAGCACAUGCAUUUAUUUAGGGCAGUGUCAUGUAUUUUGUAGUUUUUCUUCUCCUCGACGGACUUAUUUAUUUGUGAAAAG